AUGGCUCAGUUUUUAUGGACUGUUUUCUACAUUGCCAUCGCGUUCUGGAUAUUGAGCAGGGUGAUAGCAUACAUAAUCCAAUGGCUGUUGAAACGAUACUUGGAUGUGACCCUGAGAUUCGGCAAGGUCGGCCUUCUCAGUUUUGGAAAAGUUCAGCUGAGCUUGCAGAGAAAUGUCUCUAUCCAUGUGGAGCUGGAAAAGAUUUGGCUGUCCAGUUCCUUUGUCAACCCAGAUGUCAGGAAGCCGGUGGUGAUAUGCAUACAGGACAUCCGCAUCCAGGUGGGUGUCAGCAAUCGUGGAGAGAUGCCAGCUAACUCCAGGAGAACAGUUCAGCAGAAGCAGUCCCUGGCACAACUCUUCAGCAAGGUGCUACUCGUUGGUUCUUACGGGGGAUUGCGGAUCCACAAUGUGACGGUGAUGUUACUGAAGACGAUCGUCCCAGACUGUCUGAUACAUUUUUCUAGUCCAGAGAUCUCAUUGGAUAUUAGUGCUGCCUACGACAGGUAUGAACUGUGUAUGAACGUAAGCAAUUUCAGCUGUAAGGCACUGCGCAGUUCUGAAGAAUCUGCAGGUCAACAAAACUGCCUAGCCGAGGUUUCUUUCACAUAUAAAAUGGAUGCUAAGGUGGACAAGAAGGAGCCGGUCAAGAUUGUGGCGUUGAAGACAGCUGUUGCUAAGCCACAGAUGAUGGUCACAGAAGGAUUUAUCCAAAGUCUACAAACCAUGAACAGACAAGGAAUGGGUCCUACAAACUCCCAGCCAGGUCCGGAAGAUCUUCAGCGACAGACAGAUGACCAGAUGGAGGCUCAGCCAGCAGCAGAUCAUCUACAGCCGCAGCCGUUAAGGCAGCACACAGAGAUGAGGGAGCCCACUGACGGUCAGGCAGAUUCUCUAGAGAGUGAGUCUCACUGGCCCAGUGAUGCCUUCCUGUCCAAACUACAGCUCCUAGAGAAGCUGCAAGAAGUCACCUGUGAUAUUUCAGACCUGGCCGUGACGAUCGUCAGGGAAACCAAGCAGAGGAGCUUGUCUGUGUCACUGAAGCUCUUUCACCUGGGCUUUCACAAUCAGUCCUACGGGCAGGCCAAGGACAUCAACUGCAGCUUUUACCUAGAAGAAUUCAACACAAAUUCCAUGCAGGCCAGGUUUGCUGGCUUGAAGAAGAUUGUCCUCAAAGGCCAGCUGUUGAGAGACUCCCUGGACACCUUCCUCAUGGUCAACUCUGGUUUCUUCCACUACCACCACGAGGAGGUGCAGUACUGGCUCUCGGUGUUCUCCAACAUAUUCCACCGGCCGCAGCCUCCGCCUCCACACACCGCGGCACCUCUCAGGUGGAGGAAGUCGGUUCCUAGCCCAGUCCUUCUCUCAUGGAUUGACGGUAAAAGUUUCUCAUCCGUGCUGGAAGUAGCUGACAUGUCAUCAACAGUUUCCUCUGCCGUCUGCAGUGGCUUGCAUGGCCAGCUGACACAUGCCAGGUUUAACGCCAGCCUCAAACCUGGUGGAGCAGUGAUGGAGAACCAUGACUGGUUCAACAACUACAACUUCUCCUGCGAGGUGGACAUCCAGAGUGUGUCCUGUUGUCUCAUGGACAGCCGGGUAGCCCUGGAUCAGAUGUCCGUAAAGAAUCACUACUGGGGUCAGGUGCUGUACCUGGGACUUCUCUUCCUGAAGGUGAAAAAGAUUAAUGCAGAGUUGAAAGUGGAAGGUAUGACAGACAACUUACAUCUGGAGUGGUCAACAGGGCUCUACAAUGCUCUUAGCCAACUCCUCGGGGCAUUCAGAAAAACCAGGCCCCUACUGCAGGGACCCCAGAACAGCUUGGCAGAGGACAGACGGCCUGAUCUUGAACAGACGAAUUCAAAGGCACCAGUCAAGAAGCCGUUGAUUCACUUCCUGAAGUUCGAUGUCUCCAGUAUUAAUCUGUUUGUCACAAAUGCCAUUGGAGUUUCUGUCAUGCUGCGGGUGGACACUGUGACCUUCCACAUGAGCCACACACAGUCGUCUCUCUCUGUGGAUGGCACCAAAGUGCAAUAUAUUGUUUGUGACAAGGAGUACCUGCCCUUGAGCCGCUCCAGUGAGAUCCACAAUCCUGUGGUGCAUGUUCAUCAGGUGAAAGUCAAAUCCAGUCCUUUACAACAGGAGUGUCGAGUUCACAUCCUGCAGCAUUUCAUCGUCCACUGGACCAUGGAAGUCCACAUGUGUCUGGUCGAAGGGUUGCAGGAUGCUGCGGCGCUGCACACCAAACUGGCUGGCUUGGAGAGUGAGCCAGUGACCCCAAACAUUCCAGUGACCCCAGCUCGCCCCCAGCAGCCGGUCGUGUCCAUCAACAUCCUGGUGCUUGCUGAUAUCAGCCUGGAGAUGAAGCUUUCACAGACUCACAGGGUUUCCCUGCACACACAGAAUCUGUUGCUGACUAUGACUUUGCCGGAUAUUCUCAUGGAGAUCAAGGAUCUAAGUAUCCGAUGUGACGGACACAACAUCUUCACCGUCGUGGGUCUGCAGGUAGAGACUUUGCCCACCUCCCACCUGAAGGCAGAACGGGAACGGGCCAAAAGCUUGCAGGAUGCCACCAACAGAGCCUGGGGUAUCUCCUGCCACAGUGUGGACAUUGUUUUCCCGUGCCAGUAUAACUUUGCUUCCUGUUAUGAAGAGCUGAUGAACGUGGUCAAAUGGGUGAAGCUCGUGCACAAGGUGAAGAAGAAACCAUUCACAGUGGACAGUCCGCUGCCUCCAGAUGUCACCAUUAGACUCCGGAUGUUUUCUGUGGAGAUGAGCGAUGACCCUUUUGAAGUCAAGAUGGGUCUCAACUAUGAGCUUCUCAAAGAUGAAGGCAAUGAAAGUAAGAAGAGGAGAGAAGUGAUGGAUGCCAAGUUGAUGGAGCUGCAGAAGAAGCAGUUUAUCCCAGUAAACAAGAGAGAAGAGCUGUAUGCCAGCCUAGACAAGAAGAGUGCCGAGAUCUACAUCCAGCGAUCCCAGCAGCUCUACAGAGCCACCCCAGUCAGAUCACAGCUAUGUACUUGGCUGAUGGAGGACCUCUACAUCACCGCCCUGGCUGACACGUCCUUCCAUGGCAAGGAGAAUGUUCUCAAGCAUAUGAAGGAGAUCGACAAGGAGAGUCCAUUCCCGAAGGAGCCGAUGGAGUUUGCCAGUCUGUGGUGCCGCUACAUCAGUGCAAGUAUCAAGUUGUGGUCUGUGUCUCUGAGGGACUUCCCUCAGCCUAUGGUGGAUGUGCAGAACAAGCAUGUCUGGGGUUUGCUGAUUGGAGCAGAGAGAGAAGGAACUCACAGAGCCAAGCGGACAUGCCAGGUGGAGCUAGACAAGCCGUGGGAAGCCAUGAGUGUUGAGAGAAAUCUGCCAGCGAUGAAGUUCUUUCAUGACUUCAGCUGUGACAUGACUUCCCUCACCCUGGCUUAUGGCGUCUGCUGGGAGCCGGCCGCAGCUCUCUUCAACCUCAACAUGGAUCUUAUCAGCCGACCCUCGGUUGACCCCAGCCGACCUUUACCCUUUUGGGAUAAGAUGCGUCUGCUUUUCCACGGGCGGUUCACCUGGUCCAUCAAUAAGAUGAGCUGGCUGUACCACGCCUCGUUUGACCCCUACAACAACACGGAGCUCAUGGACUGGACCUGGACACAUUUGAUCAUGGACUGGACCAACGGCCAGUUUGUCCUGCAGGGGGACCUGGACAUCUCUGUGAGGACAGCCUCCAAGUACAACGAGAGCAAGCUGCUUCAUCUGCCGAACCUCACCUUCAGGGUGGGGCUUGAGUGGCUGUGUCUGGGGGAUGCCAAUGACCAUCAUUCCAUUAUGCCAUGUGCUCCUGACAGAGUUCCUGACUUUUCUCUCCAGGAGCAUGAUUCUUUCCGAGCCUUCAGGUCACAAAACCUCAACCUGGAGCUGAGCUUGAAGACGAAACCUGUGACUGACAACCUGCAGGAUAUCCCAUCAUGCCCGGAGUUCUAUGCGAGCACGCUUCGCUUCCUGGAGAAGAUUCGGAACUGUAUGUUCAGUGUCACCAGACCAGUGCGUCGAGGCAAGUUGUUUUCUGUGACAACCCCACGCAAGUUACAGCUUACAAGACAUUACAAAAAAAUCAAGCUAUCAGUUGAUUUUCACAAGUUCUCCAUUUGUCACUGGAUGUCCAACGCCAAAGAGCAUGGUGCCGAACUGGUCUCUGAUUCCUUUGUGUUGCAG